AAGAAUUUCCAUGAAAGCUGCGGCAUUCUAAAAAAGAAAGAUUGGCGGGAACGUUGGCAACAUUGUAGCGCCAACAAUGUCUAUUUUCGGAUUUGUUGAACGUUGAGCAUAACUAAGGAUGUAAAGUGUUCGAACUUCGGUUAGGGAUAGACAAUUCGUUGGGGAAAUACAAGACGGUUGUUGUAGUGAGUCCGUGUAAAUAUCGAAAUAUCGAAGCACGUUGGGCACUGUAAAUUUUAUUGACGAGUUCCUCUUUGUUCGGCGAAAAAAGAAAGAAAUAUUUUUGUUUUGUUUGUAACCGUUGUUUGUUGUGUUAAAACUUUUGAUUGCGCGCCAUGAAAAGUCUUUAAAAAACGGUUUAAAUUAAUUCAGCAACUUUCCUUUCUUGUUGCAUUUUGUUUUUGAGAUUUUGGUGCAAUGGAUGAAAACGAACUUGAAACUAAGUCUCCAAUAAAAAGACUGGGUUCUACAAGAAAAUUGCUUUUCGUUAAUAAUAUUCGGUUGCAACUAAACGAACAGCUGAGAUGUCUAGAUGUGCGCAUGGAAGCGCAAGUCGCUCUUCUGACGGAAAUCCAAGACUUCUUCAGACGAAGGGGCGAGUUAGAAUUAGACUAUUCGAAAAAUCUAGAUAAAUUGGCGAAAACGUUGCUUUUGCGACAUAAGGAACAAAAACAAAAACGGGAACAGUGGCCGUUAUUUUCAAGUUAUACGUGCUGGCAGCAAUUGGUUGCCCAAACAAAGAAUUUAAGUAGAGAUCAUGCUGCCUUAUCCGAAGUAUAUUCUACUCAUCUAGUUGCUCGCCUAUCGCAAGUCAUGGAAGACGUCCAGCGAAUUUACAAACGAUGUCGGGAAAUUGGUUACGAGACCCACGAAGAAAUCCUUCGAGUUUUACACGAACUCCACACAACUAUGAAAACAUAUCACAGCUACCAAGCAGAACUCCGACAGGCCGAAACUAAAUUAAGAACUGCCGAACUUCAAAGGAGCAAGUUGGAACAGAGUUUCUCACAGGAUAAGUUAGAACGUUCCAAGAAGUACAAGUUGAUGGAAAAGGAAGUUAUGAAGAGACGAAACAAGAACACCGAUGUGAAACUAAAAGCGCUUAAAGCGAAAAACGAAUACUUAUUGUGUUUGGAAGCUGCGAAUACCACUAUCCAUAAGUAUUUUGUAGAUGACUUAUCUGAUUUAAUCGAUUGUAUGGAUUUUGGUUUUCACAACUGUAUCUCCAGAGCUUUAAUGAUGCAUAUAUCGGCAGAAGAAGGUCGACAAAAGUCUGUACAAAGUGAUUUGGAUUCAUUAUCAGCAUGUAUAAACUCGUUAGAUUCGCGAUUAGAUAAACAAAAAUUUUUAGAGUGUAAUCACACAGCAUUUAUGAUUCCGAAGAAAUUGGAAUUUCAACGACAGAAGACUGAUGAAUCUCCAGAGCCCGCAAUUCAGAGUAUACUCCACAGAGAAAUGGAAACGAGACUGACGCAACUUCAACAGCGGGUGACAUGCCUGAGAGCGGAAUCUGAAGAAGUAUGGAAAACUUUAGAGACUGCUGAAAGCACACUUUUAGAAAUGUUAUGUGCCAAGGAUUACGAUUGUAGUAGUUAUUUCGGCGAUAACUCAAUACCUGCUAGUAAGCCUCCCGAAACUGUUUCCAUAAAACUAAGAGCUGAUCGACAAGAGACUGAAGAAUUUUAUCUAACUAAAUUUCGUGAAUACCUCUUAGGCUCAACAAAAAUAGCUCGAUUAGAUGCGAAACAAGAAUUUUUGAGGCAGUCGCUGCUUGCAGAAGCACCAGACUUCUGCAAUUCCAUAAAGCCAGUUGUAAAAACGCCAAAGCGAAAACGUAUUGGAAGAUUGCAGAUGAGUGGACAACCAAAACUCUUUGGAGGUUCAAUUGAAGAGUAUCAAGAAGCUAGUAAUCAGGAGAUACCUCUAAUUAUGAGGUCUUGCAUAAGAGUUAUUAAUUUAUAUGGAUUACAUCAUCAGGGUAUAUUUAGAGUAUCUGGUUCCCAAGUUGAAAUAAACAACUUCAGAGAGUGGUUUGAAAGGGGCGAGGAUCCCUUAGCUGAUAUGACAGACGCUUCUGACAUUAACAGUGUGGGAGGGGUCCUAAAGUUAUAUUUAAGAGAAUUGAGGGAGCCUCUAUUUCCAAUUAUAUAUUUUGAACAAUUUAUGGAGAUUGCACAAUUAGAUUCUAAGCAAGAUUUUAUAAUAAAAAUGAGAGAACUUAUGAUGAGUUUACCGCGAUCCAUUGUUGUAGUGCUAAGAUAUUUAUUCGCCUUCUUAAAUCAUCUGUCGGAAUUUUCCGACGAAAACAUGAUGGACCCAUAUAAUUUGGCCAUUUGCUUUGGGCCAACGUUGGUUCCAGUACCUGAAGACAAGGACCAAGUACAGUACCAGAACCAAGUAAACGAGCUUAUCAAGAAUAUUAUUUUGUUUAAUGAUGAAAUAUUUCCCAAUGAUGGGGGCACAGUUUAUGAAAAAUAUAUUUCGCCGAACUCAGAGGACCAGGAUGUUGGCGAUUCCCCUGAUCAAACCCAAGAAGAUAUGGAUUCUGAGGUUUAUCCAUCUGAAGAUGAUUCAGAAAAUAUCGAAGCAACCGCACAAUUCGACUUUAUAGCUAGAUCUGAUAGAGAAUUAUCUCUGAAACGUGGAGAUUCGAUCACCUUAUAUUCACAAGUGUCUAAUGAUUGGUGGAGAGGAACGGUAAAAGGACAAGAAGGCCUUAUCCCAGAUAAAUAUAUUUCAUUAAAAAUAAAGGAUGAUGAUAGGGAUAAGGCAGGACUGAAAUCGAGUUCAUCUGAAGAGUCGGUGCAAAGAAGAACUCAAAGUUCAACGGAUUCGAUGCUUUCCGACAAUUAUACGUCUGUUAGUAGUUCUACAAAUUCGCCUAGUUUGCAGUACGCCCCAAUAACCUGGACUAAAGUGUCGGAUUUGGCUGAAACCAACGAAAACGCAACAGUUUUAUUAAAUCAGGCAAGAGAGAAUGCAGAAACUUCAAAGCCGCCAUCAGAACCAAUACAAGAACCAAAAGCUCAAAUUCAAACAGAAACAGAAAAAUCCCUUUUACCAAUGCACAAAUCUGGGGAAGAUACGUCAGCCUCUACUGAUACUGAUCCGCACAAACUUCCCACUCAAAACGAAAUUGAUGAAAGUAACGUUAAUUUCACUGAAAACCGUGAACUCUGGCAACGCCGUGUUAUAUUAGAAUCGGCAAUAUUGGCUUCACCAGUUCUCAAAGCUCACAGAAUGUCCGAGCCUCACAUACAGAGACACAGCCAUACCCCUGAUUUGGUUAUGGACUUGCCAUUAGUAGGAAGCGCGGCAAGUAAAGAACAGUUGACUAAAUCGGCAUCUGCUUUAGCAGGAGUAGCCGGAGGGUUUGCGGAGACACCGCCAGAAAAAGAGGUAAAACCCGCAGAGGGACCUUCAGGUGCCGAAAGUCCCGAAAUGCAAACUGCAGCCGAGACCUUCGCCAAACAGAACCAGUGUACUCUAAAAAAGAACAAAAAAAAUCAUAUACCUGACGAAGCCGAAUAUGUAACGAUUACUAGUCCCAUUCCCGAACGAAAGUACGCUACUUUGGAGCCAAACAUGACAAUGACUUCAACUUUUAAACCCCAAGUAGAUUCCAAACCGACGGUGCUCAAAAAGCCUAUGUUUUCAAUGCCUCUGAGAUCUGUUUCUAUUGAAAUGAUGUGCAAGGACCCGCCCGAUCUUCCAACAUAGAUUUUUAUAUUACAAUAUAUUUUUUUAAAUGCGAAUUUGUUGUCGGUUAGUAUUUUUUUAUUGCACGAUGUUUGUGAUUUUUUUUUUUACAGAGUGCUUAUUACUAAGGGGAUAUAGUUAACUAAAAUUCUUAAACGAUUGAUUAUUCAAAAUAUCUAUAUUUCUAUUUAUGCAUAAAGUACAAGAAAUAAUGAUUGAGAGUAGGAAUACGCCCAGUUGAUGGCAAAUCGAAGGCGUGCUUAUUAAUUUUUGAGAGGGUUGAGAAUGAACCAAAAAUGCUUAGUACAAUUAUUUGAAAUAAUCACAAUUUUUUUAUUUAUUUCAUUAAAACUUUGCAAUAUCGUAAUUAAUCUAAUCAUUGUAGUUAAUUAGUUGGGCUUUAUGAAAACAGAUUAAUAAUUGUGUUAAUUAUAGUAGGUACCAAAUAAAUUAACAAUAUUAAUAAAAUUCACAAUAUAUAUUAAAAAUAAGAAAGAUACCUAAAUAUAUAGACUUCUUUCUGUGUGCAAAUUUUCGUCUAAUCUUCAACCUCAGAUUCGUCACUGCUGCUACCGCUAUCAUCAAAGUUAAUUAUGAUUGGUUCAAUAUUGUGUUCAAUACGGUUGUCUACGUCCCACAUUUGCUCUUCUUUUAAAACAUACUGAAUGCAUUUCUUCUAGUCUUCUGCAGAAACAUUUUGAAUGGCUUCUUGUAGGAAUUGUUACACGUCCACUAAUUUAAAUGUUCUGUUUCCUCAUGCCACAUAUCCUUUUACUUGCGCCCAGAUAAAUUAUAUUGGGUUUAAUUCGCAGUGGUACGGUGGUAACCUUAAAACUGUAAUUCCACGACUUUUCAUCCGCUGCGAAUUUUUGAUAUUUGUCUGUGUGUCAUUUUGUUAGCUGAAGUAGUUCUUUCUUUAAACCUUCUUUUUUAUAUUAGAUGUUUUUAAUAAUUAACCAUUCUUGAAUUGCUACUUUUUUCAAUGAUUGUUUCGAUAAUGAUUCUAAAUGCCGACUAUGAUAUGGGGCAUUGUCCAUGACGACGACAGACCCAGGUUCUACAAGUUGAAUGAUGCCUUCAAACCAUUGUUCAAACACCUCCGCAUUCAUCUCUUCAUGAAAAUCGCCUGUUUAGAUUUAAAUAUUAAUUCACCAUUUGGUAAAAAUCCACUGCAUGUCGCUUCAUAUAUGCGUAACUAUCAGAUGACUAACUUUUCCAGACGGCUGUUUUAAGCUAGUUCAAUAAAGGCUUAUCGUGCACUUGUUAUAUGAUUAUCCUGCCAUACUUUUUUGACUGUAUGUCCUUGGUUAAUCCACGUCUCAUCCAUGCAGUAAAUUUUUUUUUUAGAUUCCGAAAUUUGUCAAUUUUUUUGAGAUAAUUUUUUCUCCAUACUAUUAUUUCUUGACGUUCUAUGAGAAUGCUUUUCCUGUCGUAAAUUUCAUUUCGGUAAAAUUUUCCUCAAAGUUGGUUAUUCGUAGGUACAUUCGUAGAAUUACAGCACAUAUGCACUAAGUCAUCUUUUGGUCGCUGAUGAUCUUUUUCAAGACAGUGAAAUACUCGAAGUACAAUUUGUUUUUCACUUAGGGACUGAGACUUCGACCGUUUCACCUUUUUCGAUGUUGACGGUCCUGCAUUGUCUCCCAUUUUUUGAGUAGUUUUAGACCGGUGUAGAAAUAUAAUUAUUUAAUGAUUAAACACUUAUUAGCGCUAUUAUUUUCACCAAUUGUUAUCACAACACAUCGAUUACUUACUAACUUAACUGUAAAACUUACAAUUCACGUUGUAUAAUUCAAAACCUGAUGCGCUCGUGGUUGCAAGUACAUUACUGAGCACUGCAUGGAUGAGAUGGAUUUUACGCGAAACUAACAAAGACACAAAUAUCGUUCCGUACAGCGUUGCCAUUAGUUGUAAUAAAGACUGAACAAUACAUAAAAUAAUUUUAAAUGAUCAGAAAAUGUAUUGUCAUAAAUAAUAUCUUUUAAUCGUAUUAUAUUUUGAUUCUGCUAGAAACUGGUAACGUAAAAUUGAGAUAUGACAACGCGGUUUACUCUCAAUCAUUAUUUGUUUAACUUUAGGCGAGCGGAUUUUGUCUUUUCUAAACAAUACUAGGAUUAAAAAUGAUAGGCCUUUUAAUAUUUUAUCAGUAAGUGCAGCAAUACACGUUACACGCUUGGACCCAAAUUUAAGUUAUUCUGUGGUCAAUGUGCUGCACUCAUAUAAGGCGGUUGAUUGUUUAUGAAUAUUAUUUGAGAUUAUUUCGUUUAAAAGUGUCGAUUGAAUAAACACAAUGGAGAACAUCCAAUUAUCCCUAAAAAAUGUCUCAAGAUUGACAUUUUUAAAUCAAAAUUAAAAAAUAACUAUAUCUCCUCUAUACAUACAAGUUUCAACAAAAUGACUCAAUUAAAUAUUUAUAAAAAUUUAAAGAGUAGUAAUAUCUAUGUAUUAUUUUACAAAAUGACUGGUUUUUAAACAGUAUUUUUCUAUUUAUUGAGGAGUGAAACGUUUGUAAUUUAUUAUUGUAGAGUGAAUAAAAAAAAAUCCAGUAAACGAGUGUUGAAGCUUAUAAUACAAAUUUAUAUUGUAGGCGAAUGAUAAUAAGUAUAUUCGAUGUGAUUUUCGAUGAUAAUACCGAGAGGCACUGCUCUCUACUCUAAUAUUUGUAGCAAAUAACAUUUUAUAAAUAAUUAAAUUUCUGAAGUAGCAUUAAGAAUAAAAAAAAAAUACAUAAUAUUACUUUUGAUUUUAUUUUAAAUACGAAAUCUCCUCUAUUUAUAGUUUUUGUUUCUGAAUCCAAAAUAAAGAUGCAACAAAUUUUUAUUAAUGUCUUUAUGCAAAAUAUUUUUAAUAUUUGUUUUCCGCCCUUCGAUAUUUUAACUUAUUCUAUGAAAUGAAAUAACUAUAACUCCCUAGAUAAUAUAAAUUAUAUUAGACAAAAGACAACAUAUAGGUAAUGGUAGAUAUCCAUCCAUUCGUUGACUUUUCUGUCAAGUUUUCUGAUUUCACAAUUACCAAAACUAGGAGCCACUUUUAAAAAUGUUUUUAUUUUUUAAAUGGAAUUACCUGUUUUUGUUUUUCCUGGAAAUCAUUGUUUUCUAAAUCAAAUAUUUCCCGUUAAAUUGAAUAUUUUCUAAUUUAAUACUAGAAGAAUUGUACACUGAAGCAUUAGAAUUUAGAUUUAAACAUUUGGUAAUUUGAAACAUAUCGAAUAGAAAAGUUAAUAUAUCGUUGCUCGGAAAAAUAUUCUACUUAUUCAGAGAGCAAUGUGGGUUUACAGGCUUAGCAUAUUACGCUCUCGGCUGUAAACGAUCAAAUUACUCCCGAAAUACGUAAAUAACGAUUUUAUUGUUACUGGUGAAAUUUAAUUUUUGUAAGAUCCUGUGUAAAGGAAAACAUAAAUUUAAGGUGGAUGCAUUAUAGGGACAUUGCCACUAAGCGGGUCGCAUUUUUAACAGUUACUUAUCCUGUUUUAUAUUUAUUAAUCUUUUCAAUAGAAUCUCUAGUUUAGAUAAAAAUGUAGAAUUAUUUGAAAAAAGGAGGCUAUACUGUAAAAAUGAGACUCACUACAUUUUUGCUUAAAUGAGUUGUCUGUCUAUAUUUGAACAAAUUUCACAAAAGAAAACAAUGAUUGUGAAAACUUAGUGAUACACAGAACCCUCUUAUAUCUUGAAGAAUUAAUCUAUUUUUUAUAUUAAUAGUUAUUACCGUUUCAUUUUGAUGAUCAACGAUUAAAACCCUCCAGAUGGUUUUUGUUCUAAAUCUUAAAUCGAUAUUUGAAAUUUGUUGAUAAUAAUAUAUAUAGUGAAUAUUUACUACCGCGACGACCAAAAAUUAAUGUUAAU